AUGAUAGCAUAUCAAAUUAUUGCGUGUGAACAAGGUGCUGCUGUUCCCAUACUUCCUCCAGAGAUUCGUGCCCGUGGUCCUGAAGCUUUAGAAGCCUACAACAAUGCACUGGCCAAAGGUCAAACGUGUGUCAAGAGAGUGCCUUUAAUGAUAGUUGGACAGGAUCGGUCUGGUAAAACCAGCGUGAAGAAGUCCUUGAAAGGGAUUUGCUUCAAACCUGAUGAAGAUAGCACCCUGGGAAUUGAGGUCGAUCGCUAUCAUUUUAAAGUAACCACCGAAAUGUGGAAAACAGGAGAAAUAGUCGAGGAGGCCAAUAAUGAUACCACAGUUAUUUCAUUUGAGUAUAAUACAGCACGGUGGAUUGCAGGUAAAUGGAAAACGCAUGAAAAAAUUGCUGAAGUCAAAAAAACAAGCUCAGCCGAGUCAGCUGGCUAUGAUUUUGAAGAAAUUGACAACACAAAGGAAAGGGGACCUUGUGAAACUUUAAGUUCUGCGAACCUUUUAGAAUCAUCCAUAAAUCCAGCAUCAACCAAUAGCACCAACGAUGAACCUAAUUUAUCAUCGAGAGAAAUACAAAACCCUACAGAAUUAGAACCAGAAGAAGAUUCGCAUAUCAACCUGCUGGAAACAUUGCCGGAUUUCUACGAUGUUGUAAAGUUACUUCCCCAGUUCCUUCGAGAGAACUGGGAAGAUGAUAAAGAAGACAUCUAUUCCAUACUGUGGGACUUUGCUGGACAGUCAGUGUAUUACGUGACGCACCCCCUCUUUCUCACAAGAAGAGCAAUCUACUUUUUGGUUUAUGACUUGAGUAGAAAUCCAAGCGACAAAGCCACACCAUUGGUGAAGCAAGGAGUAUACAAAGCGUUCAAUGCAGAUGAAUACAAUUUGAAAACGAAUUUCGAUUACUUAGACUUCUGGAUGAGUUCUUUGGCUGCUCUAGGGGACCCUGAAACAGUGUUGCCUUAUAAGAAAUUUCCCGCCGUUUUCCUUGUGUGCACGCAUGCUGAUCAGCCCUAUUGCGCACGUGAUCCGGUUGAACUAGCCUAUGAAAUAUUUGGCGAUCUAAGGGCCAAGCCAUAUGGUGCUCACUUAUUUGAUGCGUUUUGCGUUGAUAACACUAAGUCAGGUACAGAAUCAGAAUGUAAAGAAAUAAUGCGCUUGCGAGAUAAUGUACAUGUCGUUUCUAAAGAGUUACCACACGUAACCGAGGCUAUUCCAAUCAAGUGGUUGAAAUACGAAAAGGCCCUUCGCGCCCUUAAGGAAAGUGAUUACAAGUUUAUCUCUCUCGUGAGAGCGAAAGAAAUUGCUUCCAAAGUUUGUAACAUUAACGACAACGAGAUAGUGACAGUGCUAAACUUUUUGCACGAUCUGCGAGUUCUGAUUCACUUUGAUGACACACCAGAAUUGAGUGAGUUAGUUUUCUUGGAUAUUCCGUGGUUGAUUGAUGUGUUCAAGAAUGUAAUAACUGUCAGAGCCUUUCGCGAAGAGAAAAACUUUGCCCAUCUUUGGAAAAGACUCGAAAUAGAAGGAAUCCUGGAGGAAAAACUUCUCAAACAUGUUUGGAAUCCUUUGAUUCCUCAGAGGGAAACCCACGAAAGUCUAAUUGCAAUUAUGGAGAAAUUCAGCUUGUUGUGUCCUUGGCCAUCAUCAAAAGAUUUUUCCGACAAGCGUUACAUAGUGCCUUCUAUGUUGCAAACGCGUCCACCAAAGGAGAUAAGUAAUCUCGUUGAAUCUGCAAAAAUUCCAUCUCUUUUUAUCAAAUUUGACACAGGUCGGGUCCCUCCAGGCUUGUUUCCCCGAUUUGUACUAGAAUUUUUUCUGUGGUGUGGUAGGGAAUUUCCUCGCUUAGCUUUGCCACAACUUUAUCACAAUUUUGCCCGAUUUAACAACUUUCCGAAUGAAGGUCUCUCUGUGGUUCUCCUUUGCCACUCUUCCACAAUCGAGGUUAUUGUCGUCAGUGCUAAUGGCUGUAUUGAUAAAGUGAAUAUGGCCUCAAUUCAAGCAUUUCGUAGCCAGCUAACCUCGAUCAUUAAUCAAGUUUGGAACAAGUUCUUCUGGGUGAAGAACGUUGGAUGUGCUGUGUGUUUCUUAUGUCCUGUUUGUUCCCAUAGACGCGUGAUCGGUCUGUGUACACUCCAUCGCGAAGAAGGUUGUAAAGAAGAGGAAUGCCUUCACUUCAUUUCAGAGUUAGAUUUGGGUGAUGAAACGCAGGCCAUUUGCACCAAGUCUGUGGCUGUGGAUAAUCAAAUUCAGGUCGAGAAAUUCUCUCCAUGGAUUUCCUGUGCUGAAGAAAAGGUUAAAAUGCGAUUCCAUUUCGCCUUUGCAUGUGAGGUUAUAACCACACUUAUCAUGACUGCUUCAGUUUAA